GUGACAUUGGAAAUUAUUACUAUGGCCAGGGCCAUCCCAUGAAGCCACACAGGAUACGUAUGACACACAACCUCCUCUUGAAUUAUGGGCUGUACCGCAAGAUGGAGAUAUAUAGGCCUCAUAAAGCAACUCAAGAUGAAAUGACCAAGUUCCAUAGUGAUGACUACAUCAGGUUUAUAAGGUCCAUUCGUCCAGAUAACAUGAAUGAAUACAAUAAACAGAUGCAAAAGUUUAAUGUUGGAGAAGAUUGCCCAGUCUUUGAUGGCCUGUAUGAGUUUUGUCAGUUAUCUUCUGGAGGCUCCAUUGCUGGUGCUGUGAAGUUGAACAAACAAGCUUGUGAUAUUGCUAUUAACUGGGCUGGUGGACUUCAUCAUGCAAAAAAAAGUGAAGCUUCAGGUUUCUGCUACGUGAAUGACAUUGUGUUAGCUAUUUUGGAGCUCCUUAAGUAUCACCAGCGAGUUCUGUACAUUGAUAUUGAUAUUCAUCAUGGAGAUGGUGUUGAGGAGGCCUUCUACACCACAGACCGUGUAAUGACUGUCUCCUUCCACAAGUAUGGAGAGUAUUUCCCUGGGACUGGAGACCUAAGGGAUAUUGGUGCUGGGAAGGGUAAAUAUUAUGCUGUUAACUUCCCAUUAAGAGAUGGCAUAGAUGAUGAGAGCUAUGACAGCAUAUUUGUGCCAAUAAUGACAAAGGUAAUGGAAACCUACCAGCCCUCUGCAAUUGUUCUUCAGUGUGGUGCUGACUCUCUCAGUGGAGACAGGCUUGGUUGUUUCAACCUCACCCUAAAAGGCCAUGCAAAGUGUGUUGAAUUUGUCAAGAAGUACAACCUUCCCCUACUCUUACUUGGUGGAGGAGGAUACACCAUCCGUAAUGUAGCAAGAUGUUGGACUUAUGAAACGGCUGUUGCUUUAAAUACGGAAAUUGCAAAUGAACUUCCCUACAAUGAUUACUUUGAAUACUUUGGACCAGACUUCAAGCUCCAUAUCAGCCCCUCCAACAUGGCCAAUCAGAAUACACCAGAGUAUUUAGACAAGAUCAAAACCAGACUGUUUGAAAACUUGAGGAUGUUGCCCCAUGCACCUGGUGUACAAAGUAUAGCAAUUCCAGAAGAUGGUGUAGCAGAAGAGAGUGAAGAUGAAGACAAAGCCAGUCCAGAUGAGAGAAUUUCUAUACGUGCUUCUGACAAACGCAUUGCCCCAGAUAAUGAAUAUUCAGAUUCCGAAGACGAGGGUGACGGGCGAAGAGAUGAACGAUCCUUCAAGCCCAAAAAGAAAACAAAGACUGAUGAGAGUGCAACCAAUAAUGGUGCAGGAGAGGACAAGAAGGACACCUCUAUCACUUCUGCAAAGGAGGAAAAGUCUGGUUCUCAGGUUGGACAGAAUGAAACCAAAGUGGAAUCUUGAGGCAGAGUUAAAUUUUAAGUUCCACUUUUUUCUAUAUUUUAUUCUGUGAAUUAGAAAACAUAAGGUUAAAGUCAAAGAAUACCUUGGAAUAUGCACAGAAAUGCUCAGCUGAGAUCAUAUGUAAAAGUAAUCAUUCCUCACCAAAUACCUUUGGGUAGUUUUUUCAAACAAUGCUUCAUGUCACUUGUUGAAAAAUCAAGUAUACAUGUACUGUGUAAUUUGUAUAAAUAUAUAUAUGUGCAUAUAUAUAUAUAUCUAUAUAUUUAAGGAACUAAACUUGGUCUGUAUGGUUUGCAGUCAUGCAAUAUUAUAUAAACAGUCAGGACACCUCCUAUUCACAAUUUUGUUAGCACUGUUUGGAGAAAUUGCUCGCAGGAGGGUCAUGACCAGAAUAGGUAUAUACUCUCAUAAUGUCAGUAUUAUCAAAAUCUCAUGAUUCACCAAAGGAAAAAAUGAAGACAGUGCUUAUAUAAGUGACAAUAUGUGCUCUAGGUCUUUUAUCUUCAUUUAAAACAUGAAAUAGAUAUAUAUUAGAUAUAUUGGUAGCUCCAUACAAACUUGUCAUUUAAUUUUUUAUGUCAUAUGUAUUAUAUACAUGAAAGCACACACUUCUCUCAAGGGAAUGUCUUGUCAGCAAAGCCUAUACAUAAAAGCUUUGGCAGAUCCUCUUUGUAAUUUAGUUGUUUUAGGCAAUGCAUCACCUUAUUUAUUUGCUUCUAGCAAAUGUCAUCUACCAUUUUUGUCUAUGAAAAUUAAAAGUAUUUAAUGUUCUGUUACAUAUAUUGGCAAGAGAUACAUUGGUUGCCUUCAUGAUAAAUCCCAUUCAGAACUUUUCAGUUUUUCUUCUAUCAUUAUCACACCAUUUACCUAAGAAGACUGUCAAAGUUAAGGCUGCCCCCAUGUAAUGUUUCAAUUAUGCCAAAAGUCCCUACUUUUAUAAGUAGCCCAAAAAUGUUCCUGCAUGGUUCUGAAUGACCAUAUUGUGUGACUUUUGUCCUAAAGGGUGUGCCUAUCAAUAUUUUCACUUGGGCCAAGCUCAUCUUAUUUGAUCUCAUGAUAUAUUUUCAUAUUUGUAAUAUUAACAUGUACUUUGUUGAUACUGUAAAGUCAUUUUCAGUGCAGAUUGCAUCAGUAAAAUAGUUUUGAUUUUUUACUAGAAGAGAAUAUUUCCUUUAGUAAAAUUUUAUUUUGGUCUGUCAAAUCUCAAACAUAAGAGAUUUUAUCAUUCAAGUUCACCAUAUGUGCAUAUAAACCAGAACAAACAUGAAAUCAGACACACAUUGAAAUACAUGUUGUAAACAAGUUUUGAAGGCAUUUCCAUUGAUGCACACUAACCUUAUUUUACUGGAAGCAAACAUGAGAAUGUACAUAGAAAUGGUCAUAUAUUUUGAUAAUUUACCUACCAUUUCCUAAAUAGUAUUGUGUGGGUUGCAGCCUCCCUUUUUACCAUUCACUGCCAGAUUUUUACAUAAGUGUGGUAUGGUAUGCACUAGUGACUACUUUCCCACCAUGGUUCUUAGGUGAUCAUUAAAUAUCAGUUACCAUUAAAUUUCAUGGUGGUUCAUGAAGAUGGGUGUAAGUCUAUUUUGAAGAGUAGAAUGACAUUGUAGAAUAUGUUUAUUUAACUUGUAUGUGUGAUUCCAUAUGUAGGUCUUAAGUUUUAUGCUUCUAAUAAAUAAUGACUUUUGUAG